AUGAUCACUGUGCGUGCGAAACAAAUGCAGCUUCUGAUGCAACUUUUCCGCGAGAGGAUCAUUCCAGAUGGUAAUAUUUGAUGUUACCAUUCACGUAAAUCUAUUCAUUUUUUUCAUAAUUUAUUAUUUAACAAGGGUACUGUUGAGUUGUUUACUGGACAUUUUUGUGGGUGUUUCUAGUAGAUUUUGAAGCUAUAAUUAAUUUAGAAUAUGGGAUGCGGACUUAAAAUUUUUUGAAAAUUGAAUCAAAUCUUGGACAACCUCUAGAGCCACAGCUAAACUCAACUAGCAAAUUUUUAUGAAAACAUUUGUAUAUCCCAACUUUGUCACGUCAUAACUCAUUUUUUAAAAUCUAAAUUUCCAAUUUUUGACCGCAGAAUCGUGAUCAGUGGCUCGAAAUCUACUAGAAAACCCAUAAUUCCUCAAAAAUCUCCAGAAUCAAUAAGUUCCCUUGUAAAAUCACUGACAUUUCUCAACCAACUCACAUUUUUCCCAUUAUCGUGAAGCUACAAAAAAAAUCAAAAUUUUGGAGAUCCUCUUGCGGUUCACUCACCGCUAAUCGAACUCAUCUCAUCAGAAAAAAUGGAAACCUAUCUCUCUUUUUUUAAGUUUGCAUGUGAAAUUUGAAAUGCUUGUGUCAUCACAAAAAUCAUACCUCCUAACAACAUAAAAAUUCACCGCAUGAAUGCAAAUAUCUGUCGUUUUUUGUUGUUGUUGAUGUUUUUGCAGAAAUCGUCAGAAUUUGUUAUUUUUCAGAAAUUGAAUCGAAAUGCUACACAAGGAAUGGACCAAGAAGUAUGAUUGUAGUUUUCUGUAGGGUUCCAGUUAUUGAUUUCUUUAUCCCAUAUCUCUUUAAUCUCAAUUGUGUACCGGUUAUUCUCAAAUUAUUGAUUUAUUGA